AUUUGAAAAAAUGAGAAUAAUUGUACUAUUCGCUUUACUGAUUUUUUUUAUAUAAAUAAAAAAUAAUCAGUGGAUUAAAUCUUUGAGGUAUUUCAAGAUUGGGGAAAAAUACAAACAAUGGAUAGAGUUCCAAUGUAAUGUGACAAAUCCACAUUGGAUUGGGGUGAAAUGGUUGAAAAUUAGGGUGAAAUGGUUGAAAAUUAGGACAAAAUGCAAUGAAAAAACAUUAAGAAGCAUAUAUAUAUAUAUAUAUAUAUAUAUUAUUACUUUUAUAUUUCACCAUACAUAUAAGAUGUCAACUGUGUGCAAUUGUUGAGGACACAGAGUGAUUGCAAUAAAGAAGGACCAAAACCAGCAGAAGGGGGGCGGGCUUUCGGAGGAGACAAUCGGAACCCUAGAUGUGAUACUCACUGAGCUUUGAUUGUCGUUUCUGGCUUCACAUUUGUCAAGAUCAUAACUCGCAGUUAUUGAAGGAGCGUGAUGUGGCAAGUGUUUGAUCUUCUUGGGUUUGCUUUGGAGUUGCAUAAUGCUGAAGCAACAAAGUCGAAGCUCAUGUUGAGUUAUCAAAAACCCUCGAUUUGAACAGUUACUCAUCCUCACUAGAACAGCUACUUUGUGCAAGUAGAAUAGAGAGAGGAAAAGAGAGACGAGAAAUAAAAGGAGCAGCCAGCAAAGAAAAAGGGGGCUUUUGAAGCAGAAGAAGAAACCAUUGGGCACCUCGUGGAAGUUUGAUCUUUUCUGUUUCUAGAUUUGCUGUUUGUGACAUUCUCAAGAUCUUUAUUCAUAACUAUUGAAGCAGGACCUGAUAUUUCAGCUAUGGCAAACUCCAAGGGAUCGUCAACCAUGAGAAACAUGAUGUACAAUGGGAAGAAUUCAUUACUGCCCCCUAAAUGUCCAUUUCCUAGCUUACCUCCAUCCUAUGAUGAAUAUAUUCCUACUUCAGUAAUUGGUCCAAAAGCUCCUCAGAAGCCCAGACACGGAAAUUCACAUCAUCAACGUACUUCCUCUGAAAGUUUCUUGUUAGAGGAACAACCUUCUUGGCUGGAUGAACUCCUAAAUGAGCCCGAACCACCUGUGCGUAGAGGAGGUCAUCGGCGCUCAUCAAGUGAUUCCUUUGCAUAUAUUGAUACAGCUAAUGUUGGAAGUAUGAAUUAUGUAGCUCAAGAUGAUAACAAGUUAAUAAAUAUGACUCCAUUAUCUUCAUGGGGAUCUCAAGACUUUGAUUUUUAUAAAGGUAUACAGCAUAGUUCUUUCUAUGCAAACCUAAAUCCUUCCGGCAAAACCAAGAACAAGCCAUGGAAUACACCUAUAAGUUCAGUUGCACCUCCCCGUGGCCGGCCUUCUCCUAGGGACACUGCCAUUGUUCCUAAUGCGGGGUCUCUAAGCACCUCGCAAGAUGCCGAUAGGGAUCCAACUUCAUUGUCUGAAAAGCAGGAAGAUGUUGAAUCAGGUCCAAAAGGGUCCUCUGGCAAGGACUCUACUCAUGUCAAGUCUUCGGCAUCAGAAACAGACACAAAACGUGCCAAACAGCAAUUUGCUCAGCGUUCGCGUGUCCGGAAGCUUCAAUAUAUAGCUGAACUUGAGAGAAACGUCCAAGCUCUACAGGCAGAAGGCUCUGAAGUUUCUGCUGAGCUUGAAUUCCUUAACCAGCAAAAUCUCAUUCUUACCAUGGAAAACAAAGCACUGAAGCAACGAUUAGAUAGUUUAUCUCAGGAGCAGCUUAUCAAGUAUAUGGAGCAUGAAGUAUUGGAGAGAGAAGUCGCAAGACUACGGAGCCUGUAUCAUCAGCAACAGCAACCACAGCAGCAGCAGCAGCCGAUGUCGUCCAGCCAUCGUCGUGCCAAGAGCAGAGAUCUUGAUCAACAAUUCACCAAUCUUUCCUUGAAACACAAGGAAGCUACUGCUGGUCACGAUCCAGUUUCUAGCCAACUUCAUACAUAGAGUAAUCUUGCAUGAGUUUUUCCCAUUUCCUCUAAGCACUAACCACUCCUCUCGACUGACUAUGCAUGCCAAUGACCAAAAAACAGUUCCCUCGUGUGGACUGAAACCCGGACUCGUAGUCCUGUCCUGCAGCAGCACCAUUGCUCGUGUUUUCUUCUGCCAUUAUUUCCAUCCCUUUUUCAGUUAUAAUUGACCGUUUUCUCUCAUAAGGUUAGUGCCUUGUGCGCCUGGUAGUCUGCGCCAGAAGAUAGAAGUUCUGGCCCGUGACUCGCCCGAGGUGAUUCUCCUAUCGGAGCUGAAGCUAGCAUAUCCUUGUAUGUCAAGUGAUCAACCUUCGGUUUCUCUUUUUCUUUUGCCUCCUGCAACUUGCAUGGUGGUUAUUAUUGAUCCAGAAAUUUAUGCAAUCUUACAAUUCCUCGAGUUCCAUUUGCUGGUGAACUGUGGAGGUGAUCUUUUUCUUUUACUCCAUUUGAUUACUUUUUCUUUGAUUGCUGGAUUGCAAGAAAGCUGAUCCUGUCAAAUCUGGUCAGGAUUUGAAAUUUUUCUUCUUGGGUUUACAAGAUAUUAUACAUAUUAAUUUCUUAAA